AUGUCACAGGAAUCCAAUUAUGUUAUCGAGUUGUUGAAAAACUCAAUUUCUCCUGUAGAAUCAAUCAGAAAUGAGGCUUCUAGCAAAAUUAUCGAGUUUGAAUUAAAUUCAAACUUCCUGAUUAUCCUUUUGGACAUCGCAACCUCGAACAACAAUGAGCUUUCGAAGCUAUCCUAUAUCAUUCUAAAGAAUUCCAUUUGUAAAAUAUACUCACUCUGUAAAAUAAAUGUUAAUCAGACUAACAUAGAAUAUCGCAACGUUCUUGAACAUGUUAAGGCUAAGCUGUUGGAGUUGUUGGAGUCAUCCUUCAACAAUGGCGCCAUCCGUUUGUCCAAGGACUUUUUUAUACUUGUUAGAAAGAUCUGCAGGCACGAAUUCCCGGGUAAUUGGCCAGAGUUGUACGAUGGCAUGCUGAAAACACUGGGUGUGUUGUCAAAUCAUCCAGACGAUCUUAAGCUGUUCAACGCAGUCUUUCUCAUUCAUCACAUAUUCAAAGAAAGGCUAUCAAUGAGAUUGUACCGAGACAGGGCAAUCACUACUAAGUUAGUGGAGCAGCUGUUUCCGUACGUAUCUAAAUUUUGGGCACUAGAAUAUUUGGGGAAAUGGAAGGCGUUGGAGUCGUCGGAGAAGUUGUUUGUUAACUUUAACGAUGUUCAGCUAGGCACUAGUGUUUAUUUGGACACCCUGACUCUUAAUUUCUACUCAGAUUUCCUGAAGAACGCCUUUAAAAGUAGAGAUCUGUUGGAGGUGUUGAUGAAUCUGUUCUACAAAUUCAGGAUACUGGCGAAAGUUAACAGAAGUAGCUGGGAUAAAACGGGGCUGGUGAGAAAGAACAUACUGAGAAUAAUAAAGGGAGUAGCUCGAGUGAUUGAAAGGCAGCCGUUCACGCUGGUGUUCGUGGAUUUCUCAGUGUUCCUAAACGAAGUUUUCGACGUCUUGGUGCAGCCGGGGAGGACGGACCUUGAAAAUGAGUGUGUGAAGCUGUUGAUAGUAAUAUUUACGUCUAACUCAAUGAAUAACGAGAAGUACUCGAACGCGUACUUCGAUCAAGUGGAGCCAGUACAGAAGGUGCAGGGGGAUUUGUCCCCGAUAAGGCAGCCUAGGAAAAGUGAGACGAUAGACGUUAAGAAGGUAGCGUACUAUGAAAGUUACGAGAGUCUAGUGUCGAGCAAGAACCUGACGAAGCAGAGUGAGAUAGACGACAUGAUGGAGAGGCAGCUGACCUUCUGUUUCUACAAGGUGCUAAGUGGCCGGGGAGGGUUCGUGCCCUUCCUCGACAUGUUGAGGAGCAGGUACCUGAAGCUGGACCUGGAGAGCAUAGGGGACUGGAGCGAGGAGGAGUACCCGACGGAUCCGCCGGCGCGGAACAUGGUGCCCUGCCUAAUAUCCUCGAUUAACAUUAACCUGGUCGAAGUGUUCAACCAUGUGUUCAACUCGCUCGUCAAGUUUGAAGGCAGCGACUUCUUCAACUACGACACGUACCUGCAGCUGUACACGCUGUGCUUCAAGGAAUUAUACAAGUUCCACUCGUAUAAGCACUUCAGCGAGAUCCUGGACGUGUUCACGAGGCUGAUAGACAUCCCUGAGAACGAGUGCACGAAGCUAUUGGCGUUCAGGAUAAGCAGGAUCGUAAACCAGUGGUGUAAGAAGCCGCUUCUGACACACGAAACGAAGUCGCAAAUUUUAACGUUCCUGCUGAAGUGCGUGUGCUCCGACAAAUCGGAGUCGUACAAAGUGCAGCAUCUGGUGCCGCUGUACAACCUCUACAAGAACACGAUGGACGAGAACAUGUGGACAGAGCUAUUCAGGAGUGUGAAGACAGACUACUUGAUAAGCCAUCUGGCGUCGAUCGUUAAGGUGAACGUUCCAAUAAUUAGAACGAGGAACAUAGAGCUGAUUUGCAACAUAUGCCUAGAGUACGAAGAAGAUGGACACAACUUGAAUUUAAUAGUGUCCUUGUAUAAUGAGUUGAAAUCGGUGGAAAUAUGCGAAGCAGUAGUGAAGAGCAUACACGAAUUCAUAUCGAAGUUGGACUGGGUAAACUGUUACACAGGAGUAGACUCGCUUAACAGGAAUUUUGUAGUUUUCGUGUUGAACAUAAUUGACAGCAAUGUGGAGCUUAACGCAAAGGAAGGACUCAGAAUUGUGAGUUUGAGUAGGUACUCGCUGAUAAGUGAGUUGUUUCUGUCAAUGUGGCUCAGCUUCCUGAGAACCACGCCCCUUAAACUGGACGAGCACCUUAAUCAGUAUUUUAAUAUAUUUGGGCCGCUGUUGGACCAUGUUCAUGGCCAAGAAAACCUGAAGGAGGACACAGUGUACAACAAACUGUGUAUAGAGCUGUUGAGUGAGUAUGUGUUCAUGCUAGGGACCCAUAUGGAGUACAACAACGAUUAUGUAAUUGAGAACGUUGGAGAACGAGUUCUGUUCAAGAGCACAUAUACCUGCUUUGACCUCGUUAAGUUGUAUAAAAUGAUUGCACUUCUGAAUGAUUGUACUCCUCUGGUGGUAGGAGUGUUUUAUGCCUUUGGACUAACUCCAAGUGUAACGAAUCAGUGUUUGGCAGCCAUAGAUAGGUUUUUUAAAUCAGUGGAGGAGUGUGCGCACUCGCAUCAGCAGGCAUCAUACUUCGCAUCGCUCACGGGGUCGGAUAAGGCAACCUCGUUUCAGCCAAUGAGGUUUAAGAAGGAGCUUUUAUCGAAUGUCGUGGAGCUCAUGCCGGUUGUAAACAAGGUCAUGUUCACGAAUCAGACCUUGGCAGAUUACAUCCGGAACAGAAACGGAAGUAACCCCGAAGUGUGGAUAAACGAAGUGCUCUUGACGCUGGUGAACGUGGCCAACGUGCUGAGAAGUGACCCCUUUUUGCAGCUAGGGUGUGUAAUACUCUGCUGCUACAUCAUUUCGGCACUCCCGGGCUCAGUAUACGCGUUUAUGCGGGUAGAGAGGAGGCUCGAUGCAUUCGAUGCACUGGAGCUAGGAUGGGACAACGUAAACAUACACGAGAACAGGCACGGCAUCUUCGUAAUGUGCUACCUGCUGAGGAUAGUCAGCAACGUUGCGCGCAAUUAUAGGAUUAAGCACGUGCUGAUAUCGACUGAAAAGGUGGAGGGGCACGCGAUUCCACCGUCAAACAGGUUCGAGUACGUGAAAAACAAGGCACUAACGAAUUCGAAGUGUUUGGAGCACACAAACUUGUUCCAGAAGUGUCAAAUAAAUUUGUAG